GACCUGUGACCUGGUUCAGGCACUGCUCACCAAGGGACGCCAGAUGAGGCGGAAAUAGAAAAAGGAACCCGAACAAAAGCCUUUUAUCUUUUCUCCGCUGGUUCUCCCCUGAGAUCGGUCAUGUCUGCAACUCCAAGUUAUGGCGGCAAUCCAAACGGCCCAUCAGGCGCACUACCUGGAAACGAUCACAAGGCAUCGCCAUCAUUCUUCUUUGCUCAAGAUGCAGAUUACUUGAGGCACUUCCUCUCAUCAAAACGUCAAUCCGUGCAUGAAGAGCUGGACAAGGCCGUCUAUUUAAGGGAACCCAAGAUCAUCCACGAAGCCAUGAGGUAUGCCCUUCUUACGGAUGGUAAGUAUUGCGCUCCCAUCCUCUGUAUUGCAGCCUGUGAACUUGUUGGUGGUACCCAGGAGACCGCCAUGGCUUCUGCCUGCGCCCUCGAGAUGAUACACGCUGCGUCCAUCAUUCAGGAUGAUUGUAUGGAUGAUGGUGAAGUCCGAAGAGGGAGACCAGCAAUCCAUAAGGUCUACGGAGAAGCAAUGGCGAUUCUAGCAGCUGAUGCACUCAUAGCUCUUGCUUUCGAACAUAUUGCUUCUGCCAGCAGAGGCGUUCAUCCGGCAACCGUUGUCAGAGUAAUUGCCGAGCUCGCCAAAGCAAGUGGUUCGGAAGGAAUGGCUGCCGGCCAGGUGGUCCACUUGGCUACGACAGGACAGUCUGACAUUAGUCUUGAUCAGCUGGAGUUCAUCCAUAAUCAUAAGACCGGUGCUCUGUUGGAGGCAUCCGUGAAAAUAGGAGCCAUCAUAGGAGGUGGCUCAGAUGAAGCGAUCAGAACACUUCAAAAAUAUGCGCGGUGUGUCGGCCUCUUGAAUCAGAUUGUUGAUGACAUACUUGAUGCAACAGAGUCAUCUGAAGAACUGGGGAAGAUGGCUGGAAAAGACGCUGCCGAUGGUAAGAUCAGGUUUCCGGACGUGAUGGGGUUGCAGAGGUGUAGGCAGUUUGCUGAGGAACUGAACCAAGGAGCCAAACAGCACCUGUUGGGAUUCCACGCAGAUAAUGUGAGGCCUUUAUUGUGCUUCUCAGACUAUAUUGCCUUCAGGCAACGUUAGUUUCCCUUUGUUAACGUGAUGUUACUGAUGUAUACCUGCAUUUUACCAUGUUAACAGACUUUUGUUUCAUUUCUUGAAUGAGAAACACAGGCAUAAAUUAUCAGGAAGAUGGUUUGCAGCUGUUUGAGAUCGGGUACAAUGAGAGCUUGUUGUGUCUACAGAAAACUUAGACGUACCAUGUCGGACUCAAGUGUAUAUUGUUAUCGGUGUUCGUCCGAUUCAAUCUUUUCUGCAUCCGACCCCAAUUUAGAAAAUGAUUUUUGUAUGAACCAGGUCCAACUAUGUUGCAUGUUGGCUAAUUUUUUCGCAGUUUUUGCUUGAACAAUAUAUAAUUUGGGUUACACCAAAUGAUGUGCUUUUCACGUGUUUAA